GAAGCAGUUUGUGUGUGUAUAUAAAUACAUGUCAAAAACCAUAUUCUCUGUGAUUUGAUAUCGACGCAGUGGAAACUAAAACUACUAUAAAGAUGAUGAUCGGAAAUCCAAUCGUCGAAAUCCCUUCGUGGAACUGGGACCCACUUGAGGAUCUGACAACUGGAAUGGCGUCACCAUUUUCCCCAGGUAGCCCCUCCGUCAACUUCAACGGCAAUGCUGGUGUCGGGGACCACUUUCCUCUUCUGGAAUCGUUCGCGGCCCUUCACCGUUACCUGCCAUCGAACCAGUCGGACUCUCUGGCAGAGGAGGAGUCCGACAUUCCCGUCGACGCGUUCUCGUGUGACCAUUUCCGGAUGUACGAGUUUAAGGUACGGAGAUGCGCUCGCGCUAGGUCACAUGACUGGACGGAGUGUCCGUACGCUCAUCCUGGCGAGAAGGCUCGCCGGAGGGAUCCGCGCAAGUACCUGUACUCCGGCACGGCUUGCCCCGAUUUCCGCAGGGGGAGUUGCGGGAAGGGUGACUUGUGCGAGUUCGCUCACGGUGUCUUCGAGUGCUGGCUGCACCCGAGUCGUUACCAUACUCAGCCGUGCAAGGACGGCCAGAGUUGUCGACGCCGUGUCUGCUUUUUCGCUCACACGCCGGAACAACUUCGCGUCCUGCCCCAGCAGAGUCCGAGGGGUCAUGGGUCUGGCGAGUCCUUUGAUGGGUCGCCCGUUCGACAUGGCUUUGACUCGUACUUGACCAAGGGGUCCUUCGUUUCUUCGCCCACUUCAAUCCUGACUUCGCCGCUAGUUUCUCCACAGUCUGACUCGCCGCCGACGUCGCCGAGUAGCGUUCCGCUAGGUGCUAGAUCCGUGAUAUCGGUGAGCGAAAUCACUUCUUCAAUGCAAAACAUUCAGCUUGGGAAGAUGAAAAUGAGCCCUCCGCCAUGGGGAGUUCAAAUAAGACCUGGGUUUUGCUCACCGCGUGGGUCGACUCUCCGACCCGGGUUCUGUAGCCCGCCUUCUACUCCAACUCGUGCCUCAACUCGUUCGGGACUUGGUCCCCUCGACAAUUAUAAAUUCGCGGAGGAGCCUGCAAUGGAGAGGGUCGAGUCUGGAAGGGACAUACGAGCCCAGAUUUAUGCGAAACUCAGUAAGGAGAAUUCACUCAGACGAGUCGACUUGCCUGUGUCCGCCCCUGAUGUAGGUUGGGUUUCAGAGCUGCUCAAGUGAAAUGAUUCCCGAGUUGAUUCGGCUUCCAUUACUAUUGUUUCUUGUAAUGGGUUUGAUUAUUUUUUUCUGCACUAAUGGUUUUUUAAUAUCCGUUGCCGUCGAUUCUUCCUAGUUUGUAAAUAUCUCGACACUGUAAUUGGUUGAUGGGGGAGCAAGAGAUCACCCAAAUCUCUGUUUUGUGCUUCUCUCUGUUCAUUGGAAGUUUAAAGGGGGAAAAAUUGCAGCUUUUUGUAUGAAGAUGGAAAUCUUCCAAGGAAUGGGCAGCCGUUUGUUUGAAAAAUGUCAAUGAUUUGUAUAUGAUUUUCUGGAUUUCUUGUUG